CCGGCGGCGACCGGCGGCGGCGGGCAGCGCGUCAGGCGGAGAGAGCCGCCGCCAGCCCAAGAAGCAGCAGGAAAGACAACCUGACAUAGGGAACUGGGGACUGCUAUACAGAGAGAGAACUACAAAACACCCUCAGUGCAGUAGGAACCCUAAUCCAAAGUCCCUAUACUUUUAUCAGAGUGUGCAACAGAGGAACAUGGCUCAAGAAACUAAUCACAGCCAAGUGCCUAUGCUUUGUUCCACUGGCUGAGGAUUUUAUGGAAACCCUCGUACAAAUGGCAUGUGUUCACUAUGUUAUAAAGAACAUCUUCAAAGACAGAAUAGUAGUAAUGGUAGAAUAAGCCCACCUGCACCUUCUGUCAGUAGUCUGUCUGAGUCUUUACCAGUUCAGGGCACAGAUGGCUGCGUCCCAGAAACUCAGUCGGCGUUAGACUCGACAUCUUCAUCUAUGCAGCCAAGCCCUGUAUCAAAUCAGUCACUUUUAUCAGAAUCUGUAGCAUCUUCCCAAGUGGACAGUACAUCUGUGGAUAAAGCAAUACCUGAAACAGAAGACCUGCAAGCUUCAGUAUCAGAAACGGCACAGCAGCCAUCUGAAGAGCAAAGCAAGUCUCUUGAAAAACCAAAACGAAAAAAGAAUCGCUUUUUCAUGUGCAGGAAGAAAGUGGGACUUACUGGGUUUGAAUGUCGGUGUGGAAAUGUUUACUGUGGUGUACACCGUUACUCAGAUGUACACAAUUGCUCUUACAAUUACAAAGCUGAUGCUGCUGAGAAAAUCAGAAAAGAAAAUCCAGUAGUUGUUGGUGAAAAGAUCCAGAAGAUUUGAACUCCUGGAAUAAAAAAUCCUUCGACCAUCUGCAAACUAAAAAUUGACUUGAGUUUUUUUUUCCUAGUCAUUGAGAAUGUAGAGCAAUGUAUCUUGCAUAGACCUUUUAAUCAUGCAUGUCAUCAGAAGAAUAGAUUUUUGUUUUUGUUUUGAAAAUGACUCCGAACAUUUAUUUACAUUGCAGUUUCUGUGGCUGAAAAGACUUAAGUAAACUUUACAAGUAUUAUCCUU